AUGCGUACUCAGAUUCUCCUUGCCGCCAUUGCGGCUUGCGCUUCAGUAGUCAGCGCUGCGCCCGUCGCCGUCGAGGCCUACGGGCCUCCGAUCAACCCUCACCUCCCGGACGUCGGCUCCAAGAGAGACAUUGUCGAAGCCUACGGCCCCCCGAUCAACCCUCAUAUCCCCGCUGUUGAAUCCAAACGCCAGACGACCGAGGCUUACGGUCCCCCCACCAACCCUCACAUCAUCUCGAAGGAUACGGCUGAGGCCUACGGACCUCCCCUUAACCCUCACAUCCCCGCCCCCGAGUCGAAGAGGGACGGCGUUGAGGCCUAUGGUCCUCCGACAAACCCCCAUAUCAUUUCCAAGAAGGACACAGUGGAGGCUUACGGUCCUCCCACCAACCCGCACAUUAUCUCCAAGGAAUAA